AUGCAAGGGCAUCUACCCAACGCGGGUCCUUGGAUGAAAGUUGGCCCCGGGCGCGGGUUCCGGGACCAAUCAGGAGACAACGUCCAGCGGAUUCUGCGGACUCAGUCAACGUGCCCGAGGCCCAUAAAAAGGGAAGCACCAGCUCUGGGCUCCUCAGACCCAGAGGAAGAGGACCAAGGUCUCCGGCUGCUGCCUGGUCAGCGAGCCUGUGGGCGGUACCGGGACGAGCUCCGAAUGUUAUUGGCCGAGGGGAGAGACCUGCCGCCUGCUGCGCGCUUUCAUUGGGUCGCAAGAUCGGAGACGUGGCCUCCGCAGGCCGCCUCCGCCUCCAGUUUUCUCGCUACUAGCUACUCGCGCGGAGCGCAGCUGCGUAAGUGGAGCUCGCCAAGCCACCGCGUCACGAACGGCAACUUGGACGCUGUGCAGAGCCUCUUGGAGCAGUUGGAGGCGCGAGGCGGCCGGUAGAGGGCGGUACUGACUGGCGAGUUCAGCGACAUCCAGGCCAACUCAGCCGCAUGGAAGACCAUCCCUGUAUAUUCCACUGAGGCUGGCCAUCUGCCAGGGAACGUGAGGAAGAAUCACUGCAAAGAUGUGCUGCCGUAUGAUCAGACACGAGUGAUCCUCUCCCUGCUCUAGGAGGAGGGACAUUGCGACUACAUCAACGGCAACUUCAUCCAGGGCACAGACGGAAGCCAGGCCUACAACGCCACACAAGGACCCCUGCCUCACACCUUGUUAGACUUCUGGCACCUGGUCUGGGAGUUUGGGGUCAAGGUAAUCCUGAUGGCAUGUCCAGAAAUGAAGAAUGGGCUGGUAGGUGUCCUCAGCCUUCUAGAAUACAUUUCUUUGUGCAGGAAGGAGGCAGGAGAAAUCUUUAUUCCAUUGAAAGGAUCUACUGCAUUUUAUUUAUUCAUUUAUCAGUUUAUAGAAUUAAGUUUUGAUAUCAAGAAAAAUAAAGAUGUACCUUCUCUGUCUCAGAUGAUCCCACCUAAUUUCAGCCUCUUCAACGUGGUCCUGGAGAUGAGAAAGCAGCGGCCUGCAGCUGUGCAGACAGAGGAGCAAUACAGAUUCCUAUACCACACAGUGGCUCAGAUGUUCUUCUCAGCAGUCCAAAACAUCAGCCCUCUUUACCAGAAUUUCAAGGAGAAUUGUGCCCCAGUCUAUGAUGAGGCCCUCUCCUUCCAGACUUCCCAGAUGCUUCCCACCACACGGCACCCACCUGGCCAGGUCCUCAGAAGCAUCUCGGUGCCUGGGCCCCCGGCCCUCGCCAUGGCCGACACGUAUGCGGUGGUGCAGAAGCGCGGGGCGCCGGCGGGCACCGGGGCCGGGGCGCGGGGGCGCGGCUCAGAGGAGGGGCCGCUCUACAGCCAGGUGACGCCGCGCGCCCGGCUGCUGCAAGCGCAGGCAGUGAACGCGCGUGGGGUGCUGCCCAGCGGCGUUCCUGCUGACCAAAGCCCUGCUGGGCCUGACGCCUAUGAGGACGUGGUGGAUGGAGCUCAGAGUGGUGGGCUAGGCUUCAACCUACGCAUUGGAAGGCCUAAGGGGCCCCGGGACCCCCCUGCUGAGUGGACCCGUGUGUGAGUGCUGGACCCUGCCUGCCUGUUGCCCCACGUGGGCACCUGGACUGCUGACGGCCAUUCUUUGCUAUGUGAAGUGUUGGGAAUGGGAAAGCUGGUCCUGGAUCAAAAUAAAAGUUUCUCAGGGUGGAAA